AAGGAGUUCUGGCACCGGUUACGGCGCCGGGAGUUGGGCGUGUUCGAGCCCCAGAGCUCCAUAUAUAUUAGCUGGCUGUUUGUGGUGAGCGUGGCCUUUGGCUACAACGCGGUCAUCAUAUUCUUAAGAUGUGUCUUUCCAUACGAAAAUGACAGCAAUCGACAUAUAUUUUUUAUAUUUGACUACCUGUGCGACGGGAUAUACAUAAUGGAUAUGAUAUGGUUUAAAAUGAGGCUGAAGUUCAUAAUGAACGGUGAGUGGGUGGAGGACACCAAACUGAUCCGGGCCUACUACGUACGCCGCAAACGAUUCAUAUCCGACGUGUUGUCACUACUACCACUAGAUUUACUAUAUUUUACGUACGGUGUGGACAGACCGCUGCUCCGACUAUUACGGCUCAAUAGGCUGUUCAAAGUUCCCACGUUUUGGGAGUUUUUCUCGCGCGUCGACGCCAUCACCAAAUUCCCAUAUUUCAUCCGGAUCAUUCACACGCUGUUGUACAAGAUGUACUUGAUACAUUUGAGCUCGUGCGCCUAUUAUCUCAUGUCGUGGUACGAGGGCUUCGGCUCCACCGUUUGGACGUAUGAUAACGAAGGAAACGCAUACCUGCGCUGCUUUUACUUCGCUUUCCGUACGGCCACCUCCAUCGGGGGCCGUAUGCCUAAGCCCAGCAACGACUACGAGCGCAUCUACAUGAUAGUGAGCUGGCUCAUGGGCGUGUUCGUGUUCGCCCUGCUCAUCGGUCAAAUUAGGGACAUCGUGGCGACCGCCACGCAAAACAAGACCCUCUACAAGGAUAUCAUGAACAAAACGGUACGGUAUAUGCGCGGCCUAUGCCUACCGCAUCACGUCCAGAAGCGGGUGCGCCUGUGGUUGGCCUACACGUGGACUCAACAGAAAACGUUUGAUGAGAAUAGGAUACUGGAUCUGUUGCCGCUUAAGAUGCGCACUGACUUAGCCCUGUCCAUACACUACCACACCCUGAGUCGAGUGGAACUGUUCAAGGACUGCGAAAGGACAUUGCUCAGGGACCUGGUGCUCAAGUUUCGGUCCGUGCUGUACUUGCCCGGGGACUACAUCUGCAAAAAGGGUGAUAUCGGACACGAGAUGUAUAUCGUGAACAAGGGUCAGGUGUGCGUUAUGGACCCCAACGACUCCAUGAAGGUGUUGGUCACCCUAUCGGAAGGUUCAGUGUUCGGCGAGAUAUCAAUACUGGGUAUCUCGGGGUACAACCGGCGGACGGCCGACGUGCGGUCCGUGGGCUACUCCUACCUGUUUGUGUUGAGCAAAGCGGACCUCAUGGAGACCCUGAAGAACUACCCGGAGUACAAGGAGAACCUCAUGCAACGGGUCCGGCGUUUAGUGAAGUGCCGCGAAACGGUCGACGACGACAUCAAAGCCAUGGACGAGAUCGACGUCGAGUGUAUCGUCAAUCCGGGACAGCGGCGACCCAUCACUCCGAGACUGGUCCAGACGGUCAUCCAAGUCAUGUCGUGCUCAUCAGCCGACUCGCAUGUCUCGCAACGGCUGCUCAGCCGGACGUCCCGUUCCUCACGGUCUUCGACGGGGACGCCGACAGCCGUUCCGCAAACGCCCACACUUUUGACACCCACAGGGCUGAUACCGACGUUGACCCCCACGUCGACCGCCACUCGCUUCCUAUUUCCAUCCAUUGAUAGUAGUGGGGGUCAGCCGGUUGUGGAUAUAGGUGUCGAUGUGGUGGUGGAGGAGCCCACACAUGAUAACGACUGUCAGCCCUUAGAUGAUAGUCCGGUGGUGGGCGGCGACCCUUUCGAUGACAAUCAGUCUGUGGUCGAUAAUCAACUAAUCAAUGAUAUUGUAUAUGACUUGUAA